AUGUUUUUUGACUUUCUGGCUCGCACAACAAAUUUGGAAAAAUAUUAUCUCUAUGUACCCAAAAUCUGUCUGCGAGUCAUGGGAUUUUGGCCAGCAUCGCCAAGGACCCAGUUAAUCAACGUGUGGAGUGUGUUUAAUUUUUUGAUUUUACUGAUUGGAGUUUUAACUGAACUUCAUGCUGGGUUCUCUUUAUUGUCCACGAACUUGGAGAAAGCCUUGGAUACUCUCUGCCCAGCGGGUACUUCGGCUGUAACUGUUCUCAAAAUGAUACUAAUUUCAUACUAUCGCAAAGAUUUCAUAUUGGUUUUGGAGAAAAUGCAUCAAAUGCUUUUUGGGGAUUACCGCAAAGAUAACAAAUAUGUGUUGGCAUAUAAGCGUAUAAUAAGACACCACUCAGUGAUGGCAGCUCGUGUGAAUUUUACACCAUUUCUUGCUGGUUUUAUUACUUGUACAGCAUAUAAUCUGAAGCCUUUGGUCUUGGCAUGGAUAUUUUGGUCCAAGGGCAAAGAAAUUGUGUGGUUGACACCCUUUAAUAUGACCAUGCCACCCGUAUUUGUUCAUGGAUUAUUGUAUCCCCUAGGCUAUCUCUUCACAGCCUACACCGGUUAUGUGACCAUUUUCAUGUUUGGCGGUUGUGAUGCCUUGUAUUUUGAAUAUUGUGCCCAUAUUGCGGCCCUUUUGAAAAUGCUACAAGUGGAUGUUAAAUUGCUGUUUGCCAAAUUCAAUGAAAAAUUAUCCUUAAAUGCCGAGGAUUCCUUGUAUAUGGAACAACAAUUGAAGUUGAUAAUUCGUCGUCAUAAUGCCAUCAUAGAGAUGACGAAUUUCUUUCGCCAACGUUAUGCCAUAAUAACUUUGGCCCAUUUUGUAUCGGCCAGCAUGGUGAUUGGGGCGAGUAUAUUUGAAAUGAUGACGUAUUCUGGCUUUGGUCGUUUCAUCUAUUUGGGCUAUACUGUGGCUGCUCUCUCCCAAUUGGCUGUAUACUGCUAUGGCGGUACCUUGGUGGCUGAAAAUAGUGUCCAUUUAUCCACCGUCAUUUUCAAGUGUAAUUGGUUUAUAUGUAGUCCUAGAUAGCGUCGCAUCAUUCUCAUCAUCAUGAUACGUUCACAAAGGGCUUUGACGAUGUCAGUGCCAUUCUUUUCGCCCUCGAUGACCACAUUUGCUUCGAUUUUGCAAACCUCGGGAUCCAUCAUUGCCUUGGCCUCAUCGUUUCAGGGCCAGACGUCUGCAACAUCUCAAAAUUAUUAAAUAUUCCAAGCUUGUCAUUUAACCAAAAAUAUCCAUGCACUACACGAUGUAGAUCUAUUUGCACAACUUUUAGAAGUACACCCUUGGCUAGUGAAAGGUGAAGAGCUUUAUAGGUAAGCCUGAUACUGCACUUGAAAUUAUGACUAAAGUGC